UGCUGGCUUGUUACGAGAUCCUGGGCUCCCUCCAGGCCUCCACUCCCUCGUCUCUCUCCCUCUCGAUCCGGCCUCUCUAGCGUCUCGCCCUCUCGAACGCCGCCGGCCGCCGCCUCUCCCCCGUCCCUCUCUCGUCUCUCCCUCUCCGGUGCCGUGGUAGACCGAGCGGAGAGGGGACGGCAGCCGGGAGGCACGAGCGGCUGCGGCGGCUUCUACGGCGGGCUAGCAGUGGGGCGGCACGAGCGGCUGCGGCGGCUUCUACGGCGGGCUAGCAGUGGGGCGGCACGAGCGGCUACCGGCGGCGCAGACAGUGCUGUAUACCAGGUAACAACCAUGAAGGUCAAAAUUCUUCAGUGGCAUGCGGUGGCUUCUUGGACAUGGGACGCACAGGAUGAGACAUGUGGCAUAUGCAGGAUGGCUUUUGACGGCUGCUGCCCUGACUGUAAGUUCCCUGGUGAUGAGUGCCCAAUCAUCUGGGGUGCCUGCAACCAUGCUUUCCAUCUUCACUGCAUACUCAAGUGGGUCAAUUCUCAAACAUCAACCCCCCUUUGCCCCAUGUGCCGUAGGGAGUGGCAGUUCAAGGGCUAAGGACAUCUCAAACUGUGUCAGUACCAAGCAUUUUCAUAUCUCAUAGAGCACUAGAAUGGAUGUUUAACUGGAAUGUAGUUGUGUUGUCUUGUAAGUGGUUGGCAUACUUUCUGAAAUCAGGCAUCUUUUAAGUGAAAUUGUGAGACCUGAGCCACAGCUGUUGUGCCUUUUCAAGUUGUGACCAUGCAAAUGCAAUGAUUGACUUUGAAAGGCCUAAGCAGCCUGAGA